AUGCGGGACUACAAGAUGCUGGAGAAGAUCGGGGAGGGCACGUACGGGCAGGUGUACAAGGCGAUAAACAGGGAAGGGAGGGUUGUGGCAAUAAAGAAGACUCGACUUGAUCUGGAGCAAGGAGGCGUUCCUUCCACAACUCUGCGUGAAGUCUCCGUGCUACAGUCACUCAAUGAAAGCAUCCACAUCGUGAGGCUUUUGGACGUGGAGCACACCAGAGAACAGGAGAGAUCCGUGCUGUUCAUGGUUCCCUCGGUGGUGCAAGCGUUCGAAUAUCUCCCCAUGGACCUCAAGAAAUUCCUGGAAGACCAAUGGAAACACGAGUUGUUGCCACUGGAACUCGUGAAGGUGCUGAUGUACCAGCUGCUUAAGGGCGUUGCCUACCUCCACGGCCGAGGCAUGAUGCACAGAGACCUGAAGCCCAGCAACCUGCUCAUCAAUGACUCAAACCCGGACGUCCCCUGCCUCAAGAUUGCCGACCUGGGCCUCGCGCGAGUCUUCCACAUCCCCAUCAGACCAUACACACACGAGAUCAUGACACUGUGGUAUUGGGCGCCAGAAGUGCUGCUGGGCACAACGCAUUAUGCGCUGCCCAUAGACAUGUGGAGCGUGGGCUGCAUCUUCUCAGAGCUUCUCACUGGGCAACCGCUGUUCGAAUCAGAUUGUGAGAUCCAGCAGCUGAUGUGCAUCUUCCAGGUGCUCGGGACCCCCACAGAAGAGGUGUGGAAGGGGGUGACUAAGCUGCAGGACUGGCACACCUUUCCCCAGUGGAAACCCAGGGAUCUGGCCCGAGCGUAUCCAGAUCUGGGCUCCGACAGCGUUGACCUUCUUAGAGGAAUGCUCCAGUACCAGCCCGCCCGGCGCAUCUCGGCAAAGGAGGCCUUGAAGCACCCCUUCUUUGCAGAGCUGGACAAGGAGGGAAUUGAUGAGUACUUGGCUGUCCAAUGCGCUUCAAAUAAUCCUUCAUCAGCAGGACAAGGACAGGGAGAAUGA